GGCGUGGCCAGUGGUGGGCAGUUCCUGCGUCUGCGCGAAGAUGGUGGAGGAGGAGAGCGUCCGCGUGGUGCAUUGUGGAGGCAGCGAGUUGAACUUUAGGAGAGCAGUGUUCUCUGCAGACUCUAAGUAUAUCUUUUGUGUGUCUGGGGACUUUGUAAAAGUUUAUAGCACAACUACAGAAGAGUGUGUGCACAUUCUGCAGGGACACAGAGACCUGGUGACUGGAAUCCAGCUCAACCCCAGCAACUAUCUGCAGCUGUAUUCUUGUUCCUUGGAUGGCACAAUUAAAUUAUGGGACUAUCUGGAUGGCAUUUUGAUAAAGACUUUCCUUGUUGGACAUAAACUUCACGCCCUCUUUACUGUCGCCCAUGCUGAGGAUUCUGUCUUUGUUACAAUAAACAAAGAAGAACCAGAUAUAUUUCAGCUGGUUUUGGUGAAACUACCAAAAUUCCCAAGCCAGGAAAUAGAAGCUAAGGAACUGUCUUUUGUUUUGGAUUACAUAAACCAGUCUCCCAAGUGCAUUGCCUUUGGACGUGAGGGAGAAUAUGUUGCUGCAGUACGGGACUUUUACUUGUCUGUUUAUUUUUUCAAAAAGAAAACAACAUCUAGGUAUACUUUAUCAUCAUCAAAAAAUAAGAAACAUGCCAAGAACAGUUUUACAUGUGUAGCCUGCCACCCAAAGGAAGACUGCAUAGCAUCUGGUCACAUGGAUGGCAAAAUCCGUCUUUGGAGGAAUUUUGAUGAUGACAAGAAAUACACUUAUACAUGUUUACAUUGGCACCAUGAUUUGGUUAUGGAUUUGGCUUUUUCAGUGACGGGCGCCAGCCUGCUGAGCGGCGGGCGGGAGUGUGUGCUCGUGGAGUGGCGCGACGCGGCGGAGAAGAACAAGGAGUUCCUGCCGCGACUGGGAGCCUCUGUGGAGCACAUCUCAGUAUCUCCCGCCGGAGACUUGUUCUGCACCUCUCACUCUGAUAACAAGAUAAUGGUUAUUCACCGAAACCUUGACACAUCGGCAGUAAUUCAAGGUCUCGUUAAAGAUAGAAGUAUCUUGACUGGUUUGAUGAUCGAUCCAAAAACAAAAGCUUUAGUUUUAAAUGGAAAACCUGGUCACCUGCAGUUUUAUUCUCUCCAGAGUGAUAAGCAAUUAUACAAUUUAGAUAUUGUUCAGCAAGAAUAUAUCAAUGAUUCCGACUUGAUCCAAAUUGAGCUAACAAAGGCUGCAUUUGGCUGUUUUGGGAACUGGCUGGCAACAGUGGAGCAACGGGAAGAAAAGGAAACUGAGCUUGAAUUGCAAAUGAAACUGUGGAAGUACAAUAAGAAAACACAAGGGUUUGUCCUUAACACAAAGAUUAGCAUGCCACAUGACGACCACAUCACAGCUCUCUGUUUCUGUAAUGCAGAAAGAUCUGAAACCCCCACCUUGGUUACAGCUAGCAAAGAUGGUCACUUCAAAGUGUGGAUAUUAACAGAUGAUUCUGAUAUAUACAAAAACGCUGUUGGCUGGACCUGUGACUUUGUUGGUAGCUAUCACAAGUACCAGGCGACUGGCUGUUGUUUCUCUGAAGAUGGCUCUUUACUAGCAGUUAGUUUUGAGGAAAUAGUUACCAUAUGGGAUUCAGAAACCUGGGAACUUAAGUGUACAUUUUGCCAAAGAGCUGGGAAAAUAAGGCAUCUUUGCUUCGGGAGAUUAACGUGCUCCAAGUAUCUUCUGGGUGAUACUGAAAAUGGCAUUCUCUGCUGCUGGAAUCUGCUCAGUUGUGCAUUGGAAUGGAGUGCGAAGUUAAAUGUUAGAGUUAUGGAACCUGAUCCACAUUCAGAGAAUGUCGCUGCUGUCUCUUGGUCUUCAGGGGGUUCAGACUUGUUUGUAUUUAAACCUAGUGAGCCAAGACCAUUGUAUAUUCAGAAGAAUAUCACCAGAGAAGAAGUCCAGUGGGGAGUGUUUGUUCCCCGAGAUGUCCCUGACUCAUUCACCUCAGAAGCUUACCAGUGGCUAAAUAGAUCCCAGUUUUACUUCCUAACAAAAUCACAGAGCUUAUUGACCUUCAGUACAAAGUCUGCAGAAGAGAAGCUCACACCAACUAGCAAACAGCUGCUAGCAGAAGAAAGUCUUCCAACAACCCCAUUUUAUUUCAUACUGGGAAAGCACAGGCAACAAGAGGAUAAAAAACUAAAUGAAGCUCUAGAGAGCGAACUGGUACAGCUACCUUUAACAGAGAACAUACCUGCGAUCAAUGAGCUGCUUCACACGCCAGCCCACGUGCUGCCCUCUGCCUCUUUCCUCUGCUCCCUGUUCGUGAAUUCCUUGUUGCUGUCUGAAGAGACCAGAAGUGCUGAGGAAAUUCCUGAUGAUGUCAGUAUGGAAGAAAAGGAAAGUGAUGAUUCAGACGAAGAGAACAAUGUUACUGAACAUGUCCAGGAUACACAGAGCGCAGCUUUGGAAGAAGACAUUGUAUAUCAGUUGUCAAAAUCCGAAGAAAAAGAACUGAGAAAAUUCAGGAAAGUAGACUACAGCUGGAUUGCUGCACUUUAGGCCUUGGGGACGGCGUGGGGUGAGGAGUCUUGCACCUUGUGUUUUUGAUUGUUGGUACCCAAAAAUAUUUUUCAGUGUUAUUUCUGUUCUCAAAAUAUUAAAUGUUCACCAAAAAACUAGUAAUACACUGCUUUGUGUGCUGAUCAGUUAGUUGCCAUUGUCUAUGCUGUCUGUUACUUUGAAUUGUAUCAGGCUGGUAAAGUCGGUGAUGGCGCAGAAGGGAGACUGAGCUCACGCAGUGCAUGUCCCUUUAUUCACAGGUCGGAGAUGUGAAAAUUGUGAAAAUCAAAAGCUUAGCUGAUGUUAACCUUGUAACCGAAAUGCAUUUGGUAGCCAGAGAUGACCUGAGCUGGUGGGAGGGGCUUUGGACCUGAUUCAUUCCUGUUAAUAGAAUUAUCCCAAGUGAAAUUCAGAGGUAAUUUGAUUCUGUUUGUUCCACCAACCAUACUAAAGAUAUUAUGGGCUGCUCUAAAAUCUCACAAUUGCAAAUUCAAAUCAUCUGGCCCAUGUUUCCCCUCGCUAAGUGGAAAACAAUCCAAGUGCCCUUUUUAAUGUUAUAGUGGUAUAAAGUUGCUACAUCUAAACUACUUAGCAUUUUACAUUUUCCAGUUCCCUGAUAAGAAUUUUGUAAAAUUUAUAUGAAAAUGUUAACAUAAAAACAGUAAAGCACACGAGUCCCAAGAGUACACCUCAAUGAGUGUUCACAAGACUGCUGCAAGUGGCUUUCAGCAGUGUGUGCUGAAGACCGAAUACCCCCCCACCCCACCCCUGCCACCUACCUGUUAAAAUCCAGUCUCCGCUCUGCUGGGAUUUGGAAGUAGGGCCUUGGGUGAGGGUUAGUUGUAAAGAUGGAACCUUCAUGAACAGGGUCUGCAGAACUCCUCCACCUCUUAUGUGGGCCACAGCAAAAACAACCACCUCUGAACCAGGAAGACAGCUCUCUCUGGGUGACAAAAGUGGUACCUUCCUGUUGGGUUUCUAGCAUUCAGAAGCUUCUAAGCCACCCAGCAUAUGGUGUUUUGUUAAAAGCAGCCCAAAUGGACUGAGUGUUUGCAUUAAUGAGUAAGGUCUGUAUUUUUUUUAAUGUAGCAGCUCAUAAAUUAUAUAAUUCAUAUAUUUCAAGUAGACAAUUCGGUGGUUUUUAGUGUCAGAAUUGUACAUCAUUGCUGCAGUCAAUUUCAGGAUAGUUUCACUGCACCAGAACUGCCUGUUUCCCUCAGCCUCCCCACCCAAACCCCUAAGGAAACAACUAAUGUUUGUCUCUGCCUUUGCCACCUCAGUACAAGUCAUAUAAAUGGAAUUACACAUCACAUGGUCUUUUGGAACUUGCUCCUUUCACUUCCCGUCCAUGUCAUGUGCUACAUUCCUACUUACUGUCUUCAUGUCUCCUGGGUGUAUACCUCAGUGAAAUCACUAUCAUUUGGUAUCUCGCAGUUUAACCUUUUUCAGAACUACCAGAGUUAGAGCAGCUGUCCUGUUUCAUAUUUACAUGAUGGCAUAGAAAUUGCCCCGUUGCCUGACCUGUUAAAUGUAGAACCCUUUGAAAAGAUUUGGUUAUUUUUGCUGUUUCAAGUCCUUUUAAUCAGUUUUAAGUUAAAAUG